UCUCCCAGCAUGCCUUUCAGUAGCUCACACGUGUUUCCGUGGCCUCCCAGCAGCAGCAUGGCGGUGUUCAUGGACCUAAACAUCAGGGUGGAUCCCGACAAGAGCAAACUGCAGCGGCUCAUCGACACGGCGGCUCACCUUGGUUUCUCCACGGUGGCUCUGAAUUAUGUGUUUGAACCUUCAACCAAAAAGAAGCAGGAGAUCCCGGUCCCGACCCCGAUCAGUGAGCUGAUUGGCGAACUGCCGGUGGUUCAGGGCCGCUCUCGUCCAAUCAGAGUGCUAAACAGACUGACGGUGGUGACGUCAGACGCCAGCCACUUUAGGCCGAAUGCUGCAGAGUAUCGGCGGUUUGACCUCCUCGCCGUGGAGCCGACGACAGAGAAACUCUUCCAUGCCGCCUGUAUGUCCUAUGACGUGGACAUCGUGUGCAUCUCGGUGACGGAGAAACUUCCAUUUUUCUUCAAGAGAGCGCCGAUUAACGGGGCUGUAGACAGAGGUGUGCUGUUUGAGCUGUCCUACGCCGCCGCCAUCAGGGACUCGACCAGGAGGCGCUACACCAUCGCUAACGCCGUCUGUCUGAUGGAGACCUGCAAAGGAAAGAACGUGAUUCUGUCCAGCGCAGCAGAGAAGGCUCUGGAGCUCAGAGGACCGUAUGACAUCAUCAAUCUGGGUUCGUUGUUCGGCUUGUCGGACGAAGACUCGAAAGCGGCCGUUUCCUCGUCCUGCAGAUCAGUUCUGCUGCACGCAGAAACGCGGAAAACAGCGAGCGGGAUCAUCUCCACGUCGAGGACUGACCAGCAGGAGGCGCUGCAGGAUCAGACAGACCCAGGAGAUGAGCCGUCAGCCAAGAGACCCAAACACUCCUGAAGGAGAGAGGGGGCUUGACUCCUG